CCCUCUUUGGCCCUAUGUAAAUCUUAAGUACUUUCAGAAGAAGGGCUGAAACUCUUAACCUACAUUACAUCACCUCUUCCCCGCAGAGAGCUUGCAGCUGGGGGAGAGCCAAACUCAUGUUUUGUUGGUGCUUUGCAGGAUUUGCACUGGUUGAAGUGGAAGCUGAUUAGCUGCCUGGUUAUCUCAGCCAGGUGAGAGAAGUUUACCUAGAAUAAAAAGGAUCCUGGGUAGAUGCUGGUCUUUUCUGCCAGCUUUCCUAGAACAGACAGGAUGGGACCUUUGCAGAAUCUGGCCAUUGUUUUAGCUUGUUGGCUAAUCAGGGACGUGGCCUCCUUGGACCCCCGAGAUUAUGUUUGGGGGUUUUCUAACACUCCUGCUCCUAUGAGGCAGCUUUAUCUGCCUUCUGGAGUUGAGACUUACCCUUACGCUUGGGUAGAUGCUUCUCAGGCACGAGCUUUGUCCCUCCUGUCACCUGUGCUGGCCCAGUGUGGAGAGGCCCAUGUGGUGGUGAUGGUGAAGAGAGACCUGUUUGGCACGGGGAGACUUGUCCAGGUGGAGGACCUGAGCUUGGGUCCGACUGGCUGCCAACCCACGUCCUACAAUGCUGCUGAGAACAUGGUGAUCUUUGAUGUAGGCCUUCACGAGUGCGAGAGUGUCUUGCAGAUGACUCCAGAAUUUCUAGUCUACAGCAUCAGUCUUCAUUACAAGCCGACCCCUCCUUCCCACAGUGUGAUAGUCAGAACCAGCCCCGUUGAUGUCCCCAUUGAGUGUCACUACCCAAGGAAAAACAACGUAAGCACUCAAGCAAUCAAGCCAACGUGGAUCCCGUUCAUGUCAACGAUUUCUGCAGAAGAAAAACUCCACUUCUCUUUACAUUUGAUGACCGAGGGCUGGAGCGCAGAAAGAGCGUCCAACGGCUACCAGUUGGGAGAAGUCAUGUACAUUCAGGCUGAAGUAAUUGCAGAAAACCACACACCUCUCCGGCUCUUUGUUGAUAGUUGUGUAGCCACAUUGAGCCCAGAGGCAGAUUCCAGUCCCCGUUAUCCCAUCAUCGGCUACAAGGGCUGCCUGGUAGACGGACAAUUUGAUUCCAGCUCAACCUUCUCAUCACCAAGGAUCAGGGAUGAUGUACUCCAAUUCACAGUAGAUGUCUUUCGUUUUGGCGAAGACACCCGAGAUCUGAUCUACAUCACUUGCCAUUUGAAGGUGGUUGCAGCUACUCAGGUUCCUGAUUCUGAGAACAAAGCUUGUUCCUUCCAUCCAGCUACGAACAGUUGGGUUCCAGUUGAAGGCACCGCAGAUAUUUGCUCCUGCUGUAAAACCCAGAAUUGUGUUCGAACUACGGAUCGAGCCAGCAGCCACUGGGACCAAUGGGGAAGAAGACUGGGCAGAGAUGUGGCUGCUAAAUUGGAUAAAUCGAAGGAGGCAGAUGUUGACGUGAUGCUAGGUCCCAUCCUCAUUCUUGACUCGUACAUGACUUCCAGAACUCCACCUGACAAUCAGAAUAAGAAGUUGAUCUUAUCAGCAGAACAUGGCUUCAUCCAAAUUCCUUGGAUGCUGGUAGGGAUCAUCUUAAUAGCCCUUACUACAAGCUUGGCCGUGACCAGUCUAGCAAUCUUUUGUACUAGGAAAAGACGUUAUAAUUCUUCUUAAAAUGUUAUGCAAUGUGGAAGCAUGUUAAAAUAAA